AUGAAUUUCACUUUCUAUCCCACCUACUUCCUGCUGGUUGGUAUUCCAGGACUAGAACAUAAACAUAUCUGGAUCUCAAUCCCAUUCUGUAUCAUCUAUAUUUUUGCAUUGCUGGGAAACCUCAUGAUGAUGGUUGUCAUCCUCACAUCUCCGAGACUCCACCAGCCUAUGUUUAUAUUCCUCUCCAUGUUGGCAUUUAACGAUGGACUCCUUUGUACAAGCUUUGCCCCAAAAGUCUUGUCCAUCUUCUGGGUCAAUGACAGAGCCAUUAGCUUUCAUGGAUGUCUUCUGCAGAUGUUCUUCAUUCAUGCCUUCUCCACUAUUGAAUCUGGGUUCUUGGUUUCCAUGGCGUAUGACCGCUACAUUGCUAUAUAUUGGCCUCUCCGGUAUAACUCCAUAAUAACCAGUAGACUGGUAACCAGACUGGUCAUCGCUCUUCUGGUCCGGGCAGUUGUUCUGGUUGGACCUUGUCUUCUUUUGAUCAAGAGGUUUCUUGCAUUCAAAUCCAACAUCAUUGCCCAUUCCUACUGUGAGCACAUGGCGGUGGUGAAGCUCGCAGCUGCUGAUAUCCGGGUGAACAGUAUAUAUGGACUAUUCGCGGCUUUCACGGUUGUUGGUGGUGAUUUUCUCUUCAUCUUUUCUUCAUAUAUUAUGAUUUUCAAUGUUGUCUUUCAUCUUCCAUCUAAAGAAACUCGUCUGAAAGCAUUUAACACGUGUACCCCUCAUAUGUGCGUGUACCUGAGCUUUUACAGCAUGGCCUUAUUCUCUUUCUUAUCCCACCGAUAUGGUGAGAAGAUUCCUCCUUAUGUCCACAUUAUCUUCUCUGACAUUUACCUUUUGUUUCCACCCCUGCUCAACCCACUUGUCUAUGGGAUGAAGACAAACCUGAUCCGUGAGGAGAUCUGGAAAACCCUAAGGAAGCAUUAG